AUGAACCAUGUUUGUCCUUGUGCCGUAGUUUCGGUGAGUGCUAGGUCCUUGACGUGGCUGGCAACUCUUUGCUUUGGAGGCUCUGCAGUGGCCUUCGUGUGUAGCCCGGAUUGGCCAGAUGACUACUGUUCCCCGAACGGUUCCUCCCGGGAUGGCUGCAGUCCCCAAGGAUACAAGCUCCUUCCCAAGAAUCCAGACUGGAUCGACAUUCGAAAGAGGCUUGUGCAAGAGAUGUUUGGCCAAGAUCAGCUUCCGAGUGACGAAAGGCCGCAGCGUUUAACUACAUUCACGGCGAAGCAUCGCUUCCCAGAUUGUCUAUCUUCCAUUUGGGGAGCUGCUCAGUCAAGUGCUUGCGAGAAGCCGGUGCCGAUCAUGGAGCUUUUGUGGGAGAUGCCAGCAGCUUUGAAUGCCACUUUCUCCAAGACGAUCACCUCAAAGGUGUUUCUUACAUUGAACACUUCUGGAUGGGCGCCUGGAAACGCAAUUUGGGGAGCUGACCAACCCCAAGCCCCUGUGCCGCCGCAUCGAGGGAAGACGCUGGUGAUUUUCCAUCAUGGCCACGGGGAGUCCAAAGGCUGCCCUACGUACGGAGACACUGAAGGAACCACCGAUUGGUUGAACGAGAUGGGUUUGGACGUGGCGACAAUGAUGAUGCCCUUUGUGGAUUGCAACAUCAUCAAGGACCAGCCACCAAGCCGCCACGGUUGGUUCCAGAACUUUGAGGAUGAGGGUUUGCCAUGGGUGCGCUUCUUUGUCGAACCAGUGAUCAAAACCAUCAACUUCGCCAAGAACCAACUGGGCUAUGAGCACAUCAUCAUGGCCGGUUUGAGUGGAGGCGGAUGGACCACAACAGUAGCGGCAGCGGUGGAUCCCCGUAUCGAGUUGUCAAUGCCCAUUGCUGGAAGUAUACCCUGCGACUUCAGGCACACGUCUUGGGAUUUUGAGCAGUACUGUGGCGACCGCUGGGCCAACAUUGGUGACUGGGCUGGAG